ACACCAGCCCACCGUAGCGGUGAGACUUGACUACGGUGAGACUUGACUAGUCAUCCCACCUCGAUGGCAGGAGGAGCCUCCGACCAGUUUGCCCGUUCCCGACGGCCGAGACGGGCGGUUACCAGAUCCGACGACGUCACGGCAUCGAGAGAGAUGACGAAAGGAGAAGAAGCGAUCGCUCGAUCGACGGAGGCAGGAACGAAGUGACAUUGGCCUCAUCAUUAAAAAGGGCAACGCCAGCGACGGUGACAGCUCAAAGGGGAGAGAGCCGAGAGAGAAGGAGGCUGGUAGAGGCGAGACCCCACCCUUACCGCCAAGGUGGGCCACAGCGGACAGCGGCCGCCAGCGCAGCGGCUUCCUCUACGUCAUCACGCUUCCGAGACGAGAUCUGGUAUUUCGGACCUUCGAUUCCUUUUUCUGGUCCCGUAGAAGGGGUAAAAGGAAGUGUGGCGAGGGUUAAAAAUUUCUUUGUGGUCUUUACCGUGAUCGUUCCGCCAAUGACCAACCCUCUCUUUGGAUCUCUUCUUUUUCUGCUCCCUGACAGCGUGUGGAAGAAAGCGAGGACCCUUUAGCUAGUGCUUCUGCCAUUUCACCAGGCUAACCAGUUCCAUUCACAAGGAUGCUUUAACAAAGUAGAAAAUCGCCCAGAAGGUGGACAUGGGUAGAAAAGGAAAGUGGUUUAGUGCUGUCAAGAGGGCCUUCAUCCCCCAGUGCUGCCGAGGAAACCCUAAAGAGAGUCUUGAUAAUGUUAAGGUUUCUGAUGCACUUCCUAUAAAAGAUGUGGGAACAACUGGUGCUGCUGCUCAAUUGUUACUACCUGCUCCCAUUGCGGAGGCUAAGUUGAUCGAGAACGGGGAUGAACAGAAUAAGCAUGCCUACUCGGUGGCGCUCGCUAGUGCUGUUGCUGCGGAAGCUGCAGCUGUCGCGGCUCAGGCUGCGGCAGAGGUUGUCCGCCUGACCACCUCCGCAACCAGGCAAACUGGUGAAUCAAGCGAAUUUAUUGCUGCCGUCAAGAUCCAGUCUGCUUACCGAGGUUACCAGGCAAGAAGAACAACUAGAACUUUGCGAGGACUUAACAGGUUGAAGAGAGUGCUGGACGGAACUGCUGUCAAAUCUCAAACUAGAAACACAUUGCAGUGCAUGCAAACAAUGGCAAGAGUGCAGGCACAGAUACAUUCAAGACGGGUCAGAAUGACAGAGGAAAACCAGGCUCUCCAGAGGCAUCUGCAACGGAAACAUGAAAAGGAACUAGAGAAAGUAAAGAUUGCGGAGGAAUGGGAUGAUAGCCCUCAACCCAAAGAGAAAAUUGAAGCAAAGCUACUGAAUAAACAGGAAGCUGCUAUAAAAAGAGAAAGAGCUCUAGCUUAUGCAUUUUCCCAUCAGUGGAGGAGUUCAUCCAAAUCCCUGACUCCAGUAUUCACAGAGCCAAGCAAUCCGCAAUGGGGAUGGAGCUGGUUGGGACGCUGGAUGGCAGCAAGGCCAUGGGAGAACCAAAGCUCAAAGGAAACUAAUGAUCAUGCCUCAAUAAAGAGCGCUAGCUGCAGUUUCAUUGUCCGCACAUCAAAACAACGUGACACUAGCUUCGAACGCACUCCAUCCGCAGCUCAAAAAUCAAGCCGGCCUUCAAGCCAUUGCUCACCUGCAACCCCAAGCUGCAUGACACCAUCUGUUACAAGCAGAAAGAAAUCAGAGAGCCCAAGAGGUCGCCGGUGCUCCGUCGACGAUGACUCGAGGAGCAUGCUCAGUCUGCAAUCCGAGCGGCGAAGGAGGUUCAGCAUUGCAGGAUCAUCAAUAGGCGAUGAUGAAAGCCUCGGGUCCUCGACUGUACCUAGUUACAUGGCGUCUACAGAGUCAACUAGAGCCAGGUCCCGAUGCCACAGCCCACUAGUGUGUGAUAGCGCUGGAACGCCUGAGAAAGGGUCAGUUCGCUCGUCAAAGAAGCGCCUCUCCUUUCCUUCGGUCGACAAGAGCUGCAUCUCGUCUUCUGCAAACCUUAGGCGCUUUUCAGGCCCUCCAAAGCUAGGCAUUUCUCCUGUGAAGGUUGUAACUACCGCCAGUGAAGAACAAAUAGCAAACAAUUGAAGGAGUGCUUACUUGAUCUAGCAACAGAUUAGCUACUAAUUUAGUGCGUCGGUUUGAGAGUUCUUGAUUAGCUUGUUUGUUACCGUUGUGUUUCGUGAUUAUGUUUGUGAAAGUUUGUCCAAAUGGAGUUCUCGAUGUGAGCUUAUUGUC